CAUUUGUUUUUCCCUUACGGUGGGAAGUUACACGUCCAACAAGGAUAGUAUUUGUCAUAUCACGUUAAUACGCCUAAGACAAAUUAAAAUAUAGUCGGCAUUACGUGUUAUGAAUUGUAGUGUUUUAGUGGACUGCAGCGAAGUAAUAUAUAUGCGAAAGUAAAAUAGAGAUAUGUUAUGUUGCUUUGGAUUAAAUCUGCAGCAGAGCUUGUAGUAACGUACAGUGGAAUGGCUUCUUCAGGUUCAGUGUCAGCCAAUGAUGAUGAAGAGCUCACUUUGCCUCGGGCUUCACUCAACAAAAUGAUCAAAGAACUUUUGCCAAAUAUCCGUGUUGCAAAUGAGUCACGUGAACUAAUUCUCAAUUGCUGCACAGAAUUUAUUCACCUAGUAUCGUCAGAAGCAAAUGACAUUUGCAAUCAUCAGCAGAAGAAAACCAUAAAUGCUGAACAUGUUUUACAUGCAUUGGACCGGCUGGGGUUUGGCGACUACAGAGCAGAUGCAGAAGCUGUACUGAGAGACUGUAAGGCUGUUGCAGCAAAGAGGCGAAGACAGAGCACUCGAUUAGAGAAUUUGGGUAUACCUGAGGAAGAAUUAUUGCGACAGCAGCAAGAGUUGUUUGCAAAGGCACGAGAAGAGCAAGCUGCAGCAGAGCAGCAGCAGUGGCAGCAGCUCCAGGCGGCAGCUCAGAUGGUCUCCAUGCAGCAGUCAAGCCAGGGAGACCUUGAUCAGGAAGAUUAUUCCUAGGUUCAAUUUGAAUUGGUUUAAUUACACUAAUGACUUUGAAUUAUUAUUAUUUGUUCUUUAAAUUCAAUAAAUCAUUUUUGGCCAAUCCUGAGAUGUAGAAGAAGUUACUAUUAAAUCAAAACAUACACAAGAACAGUUCAUAAAAUAGAACUCUUUCACAAACAUAACAGUCAUAAAACGAAAUUAUACAUAGUGAUAAUGAAACCACAAAAAAGUGGAAAUUGUUCAAGUUAUGAUCGAUUGAAUUACAACCCGUAAAAUCUUACACAGCACCACCAUAACACAUACAUUUCACAAAUUUCAAUAUUAUGGUCUACUAAAAGUUGAAUUAAUGAAUACAAAUAUAAAAUAUGAUAAUUACAUAUAUCUUAUUAGAUAAAAUAACUGAAGAUCGGCUGAGCACCUCAAAUCCAGUAAAAUGUACACCCGUCAGGUAAGAUGACAGAAAAGACAAAGGUUAAAACAACAUAAUAAGCUAUAGAUUAAAAACUGUACAAAAGGUAUCAAGAUUACCAUCUCUGUCAUCCUUGUAUUGAAACUAUUCAUAUGUAGAAUAAAAGGGAUGAUGAUACAAAAACCUCUUGAAUAUCAAUUUGAAACAUAUCUCAUCAUUGGCCAAAUUUCUUAUUGUUUGAGGAAGAUGAUUGAAAACUUUAAUUCCUGAUAUAUACGCUCCUUUGUGAAAUUUUGUUAUAUUCAUGAUAGGUACAUGUAAGUUACUGUGUAAUCUCAUUAUUUAAGUUAAAUAAAUAUUUAUUAUUAACUGUA